AUGAAACAAGAAAGGAAGACAUCAAAUUCUAUGGUACGGUCGGCAUUGGCAAUGCUUUCAUUGGAUCAAAGCUCGCAUGUUUCCAAGCAAUAUCUUUCAGAAAUUUUCUCGGACAUUGGAGAUUGGGUUGGAUGCUGGCUGGACGAUGAGCGGUUGCUUCACUUUGAUUUAUGGCUAGGUCAGGCUAGAGGAGCUGCUGGUCGAUUGGAGUAG